AUGACGACCCGCGAAGAAGAAGACCCCUCCUACAUCGACUAUGAAGCCUUCCUCGAUCCCGAGUUCAGCCCCUCCUCCUUCGCAAACACCCUCGUCCUCGCAACGAACAACCCCAACGAUGCGCCCCUCGAUCUCUCGACCCCUCUGUCCCGCGUGCUUUUCGAUACUCAGGAGAUUGACUCCCACAUCGAUGUCCUGACGACAAAGUCUGCAGCCCCUCUCCUGCAGUAUACGAAAGAACAGACGACCUCCAGCAAGCGCAUUAUUUCAGAGCUCGACGCCCAGAUCAAGAACCUCAACGACAGCUAUAAGCAGCUCGAGAAGGAGGUCAUUGAUAAGCAUGCCGAGGCUGAGGAGGUACGGCAGGUUGCUACACGCCUAUGGGAGACGCUGAAGCUUGGCCGCUCCGUAGGACGAUGUCUGCAGCUUGGGAGGCAGCUUGAGGUCCAGCACUCUGAGAUCGCGGGGUCUAGCGUCAGUGCUGCCGCUGCCGCUGCUGGGAAGAAAGAGGACCACCGGGCGCUGGUACGGUGUUCGCAUACAAUUCUCUCGUUGCGAGAGGUGCUUGACAACACGGCGCCCGGAGAGGAAGGUUACGGUCUGGGAAAGGUUGAUGCGAUUCGAACUCUCCGAGAGUCUGUAAUCACACCGGUUGAGAGAUCUGUCAAGGAGACGGCAGAGAAGAUUAUCCGCGACUUUGCGAUACCCAACUCGGCUACCUUUGCGCAGGGCGAGGAAGUCAAGGCGAGAACAGUAUCUGCCAUGGUCACGCUCUUCCUGCUCUCCCCGUCACCAACGCAAAAGACGGAACGAUGGACGCCGCAGCUACUCCUGCAGAGCCUGGAGACAUACUUCCGCUCGGCGCUACAGUCAUCCAUCGCCUCACUUUCCCGGUCGCUAGGCCAACUUCCCUCCCUCGAGCGCACCCUCGCCGAGAUUUCGGCGCGUUGCCAAAACAUCGUUGCCCUCGAGCUCGUACUGGAGUCGACAAAGUUGCCUGCGCACCCGCUUGUGUCGGCUCCGCAGAAGCAGACGAAUAUGCUGCAGCCUCUACUGGCGUACCUCGAGACGGGCAGUUUGCCGAGCUACUUCUGGCGGACGAUGGCUGGAAACCUGGGCACGAGGGUACAGGAGAUUGUGAAUCGUGGUGGGGUGUCUGCGCGUACGCUGAGGUCCAAUAGGGCGAGCGUCGGGGAUGCUGUGAGGGAGUGUGUCGUUAGAGGGUGCCAAAUGCCGAGUGCUCUUAAGGGAAAAGGAAGAGGGGAAGGUAAUUGGGAUCGGGAGGUCGCUGUUAUGGUUGGCAGUGUUGUCAACAACCUCGGACGGUAG